AUUUUGGUUGAAGUUCCCGUUACGUUGCUGUAUUUUACGUAUGAGAAAGCGUGUAUGUGUAAAAAUUUGUGACUUUUAUAAAACUUUAGUCUUAAUACUACUGUGAUAUUAAACGUGAAACCUCAUUAUGAGUAAUUACGAUGACGAACAAUGUGAAGAUGGAGAAUUAGCGCGUAGCCCUAUCCAAGACGACGAAGACAUGGAUUUCAGUUUGUCUGAUGAGGACCGUGACAAUGCUGAUUCUUUAGUGAUCAAGCCACCCCAAGCUGUAAUUCGGCCAUCUCAUAGAGACAGGAGAGGCCACAAGAGAUCUGUCAAAGACAGAUACAAAGAAAGUUCAAGAAAAGAUAAGAAACAUAUUUAUAGGGACCGUGAAAAGUCUGAUAAACCUACUAGAGAAAAUUCGAAAGCUAUGGAACGCGAUGAUGUGUCCAAAGAUUAUCAUAGAGAUAAACAGUACUACAGGGAGAAAGAUUCUUAUCGGGACAAAGAAGUUAGAGAUAAGGAACUUGUUCGGGAUAGAGAAAUGAGAGAUAAAGAUGUGUAUAGAGAAAAAGAUCCUUACCGAGAGAAGGAAGGCUAUAGAGAGAAAGAAUCUUAUAGGGAAAAAGAAGCCUACAGAGAGAAGGAGGCCUAUAGAGACAAAGAACAGUUCAGGGAAAAAGAGGCAUACAGAGAGAAAGAAGUGUACAGAGAAAAGGAAGGAUACAGGGAAAAAGAAACAUAUAGAGAAAAAGAGUCAUACAAAGAUAGAGAACACUACAGAGACAGGGAAAUGUUCAGAGACCCAUCUUUUAGAGAAGCAGCAAGACCAAGAGAAGCAUACAGAGACAAAGAGUCACAGAGAGAUAGAGACAGCUAUGCAAAUCGUGAAAGGCAAUAUAAGGGUUCCGAAACUGAACGGAAACAUCAAGAUACCGAAAGAAUAGAAUCUAGAUUAAGAUUGCUAGCAGAAGAUGGACAUACAAACCAUAACAAUGAAAAAGAAAAUAGGUCCUCUGGGGAUAAAGCUUUAGAAGAUCUAAGAAGUAGACUACUUAGUAAAAGAAUGCAGAGUAAUGAUCAAAAAAGACAGAAUGAUUAUACUGAGAAGGAGACCAAGCCUGAGAGACAACCUGCUCUUGAUAAACACCAACAAGAAAGAAGAAACAAGUUACUAGAAGCAGAAAGGGAAAUGGAAAAAAGGAAAACGGAAUCACGCAAUGAAUUGGAAGCAAGACGCGAAGAGCGUCGUCGUCGCGGUAAAAAACGCUCUGCGUCUUCUGAAGAACCUUCUAGCAAAAAAAAUAAAUCCACGCAUUCUCCACACUAUGGGGAUGUUGUCACAGUGUCUGAUGCUAGUGAUGUAGACCUGAAGAGUGAGGCAGAAUCUAAUUCAGAUCAAGAGGAAGGAGAGCAUUCAAAUAGUGAAACAGAUGAUGGUAGUGCUAGUACAGAUUCAGACUCUGAUGCCGAUUCAAAAUCUGAGGAAGGUGAUGAAAAUGAAGAGGAUAGGAAAACGGACAAGGAAGAAGAGCAAAAAACUGAAAAUGUUAAACAAAAAUCUCAAUCACCACCUGUCCGCAAAUCAAAUCAUGGGACUCCAUCAUCAAAUGAUUCUAGAAGAUCACUCUCUAGAUCCAAAAGUAGAAGCCGGUCUCACUCUUUCUCGCCUCCUCCACCUGGAGAGAAUGGGAAGCCAGCAGAGGAGGUACAACCAUCUAAGGAAGAUGAGGAGCAAGUUCGUCUUAGGGAAGAGGUUAUUAAUGCUCUGCCACCAUAUUUCCCGGCACUACAGGGGUGUCGAUCAGUUGAGGAGUUUCAAUGUCUGAAUAGAAUAGAGGAAGGCACAUAUGGAGUUGUUUACAGAGCUCGAGACAAAACAAGUGAUGAAAUAGUUGCUUUGAAGCGACUUAAGAUGGAAAAGGAGAAGGAAGGCUUCCCUAUAACCUCUCUGAGAGAGAUCAACACAUUACUUAAGGGCCAACAUCCGAACAUAGUCACCGUGAGGGAGAUUGUAGUGGGCUCCAAUAUGGACAAGAUAUUCAUCGUCAUGGACUACGUGGAGCAUGAUCUGAAGAGUCUUAUGGAAACAAUGAGGGGAAAGAAGCAGGUGUUUUUACCUGGGGAAGUAAAAUGUCUGAUGACUCAAUUGCUGAAAGCUGUUCACCAUCUUCACGACAACUGGAUAUUGCACAGGGAUCUCAAGACUAGCAAUCUUCUUCUGUCACACAAGGGAGUACUAAAAGUGGGUGACUUCGGCCUAGCCCGCGAGUACGGUUCGCCGCUGCGCCAGUACACGCCCAUAGUCGUAACGUUGUGGUACCGCGCGCCCGAGCUGCUGCUGUGCGGCAAGGAGUACUCCACGCCCAUCGACAUGUGGAGUGUGGGCUGCAUCUUCGCCGAGUUUAUUACCAUGAAUCCGCUGUUUCCCGGAAAGUCCGAAGUGGACCAGUUGAAUAGAAUUUUCAAGGACUUGGGCACCCCCUCGGAGCUGGUGUGGCCGGGCUACAGCGAGCUGCCGGCCGUGCAGAAGAUGACGUUCGCGGAGCACCCGGCCGGCGGGCUGCGGCAGCGCGUGGGCGCCGACCUGCUGACCGAGACCGGCCUGUCGCUACUGCAGGCGCUGCUCACAUACAACCCCGCCAGGAGGAUCACCGCCGAUGCCGCGUUGGAACAUAAAUACUUUCAGGAGCAACCUGUGGCCAUCGACCCGGCGAUGUUCCCGACGUGGCCCGCCAAGUCGGAGGGCAAGACCCGCAGCACGCACAGCCCGCGGCCGCCGGCAGGUGGCGCCGCUUACGCGCAGUACGCGCGCGCAGACUCCGACGAGGCGCUCGGCUUCCGGGUGCAGCCCCAGCGCUCGCUCAACGUGGCGCCCGGCUUCUCGCUCAAGUUCUAGCGGCCCCCACACAUCAAAACUC